AUGCAGCGGAUCUGUGAAUGUGGCCAAAAGAGAUUAGAUGAUUGUACCGGAAGCCCUAUGGGAGAGAAACUUCUCAUCGAUGCGAAGAAUUACACCAAUGAAGGCAUUUCGUUUUUGAUCCAAAGCGGGAAGUUCAGCUCAAGUAGAAUUUUAGCAAACGUACGUCAUGUUUGCAGGAAAAUACCCAACGCCAACGGAGGUACGCCCAAACCACUUAGUUUGACACGACGGAAGCAACAUCCCACCAACGGACUCCUCCCGUUGCUGCUCAAUCAGGUUGUUCAGAAUCUCGCGAGUGUCAAUGUUCCGACGUUUAUCCGACCGGAUAAUGAACCACCACCACCAACGAAAUCAAGCUUGUUUCUGAAUCUUUCUUCUCUUCCGUCCUCUUCCUACUCUGUAUGCGUAUCAACGGCGUCAAUAUCAUCAACAUCGAAGUACCCUUCAAAAUCUCUGUGCAAGGAUUCAACAUUGCACAUCUGGAAAUUUCGGUGGAGUCGUCGAAAGCUUGUACCCCAUGCUCUUAAUGUCGUGGAUCCAGCUGCAGCCCUGCAGCAACGGCCAAACAUCACCAUUAAGGAAGAGUUCUCGAAAGACCACCAUCCAGCCAUCCUACCUUGA